AGAGGAGAGCCAUGAGGAGCGCAAGCAUCCAGCUUGCUUUGUGGUGGUGAGAGGAGGCAGUCGCUCCCAUGCUUUGCAGCUCAAGGGAACUCCGGCAUUGGGGAUUACCAGAAAAUGAUGACAAGCAUCCCAGUGAUCGUAGUAACGCUCCUCUGCAAGUCAUUGGCUUGUGGCUUUGAGCCAUCCUUUUUCAAUGACACAGGCAUUGUCUUCAGAAUGACCAAGCCGGGUGCGCUAGUGUUAAAUGAGGAAACAGCUCAGGUCAUUCAAGCAGCAUUUCGACAUGCAGAGUACCCCGACAUUACCGGAGAGAAGUCCAUGCACUUUCUUGGCAAAAUUGCCUAUGGAUUGACAAACAUCCAUGUCAAUGAACUGACUAUAGAAAACACUGAGGUUGACUUCAAGGAGAAUGUUGCCAUUGACAUUGAAAUUCAGAAUGUUUCAGCCUCCUUCAAAGGAACCUUGAGCUAUGGCUACGUGGGUGCCUGGUGGUUGAAACUCAUCCAUUAUAUCGACUUCGAAAUUGAUUCCUCCAUUGAUCUCCAGAUAAACAUUAAACUAUUGUGUGAAGAGGAGCGAGUGGUAGUGGACACGUCGGACUGUUACCUGACCUUCCACAAGCUGACCCUGCACCUCCAAGGAGACAAAGACCCAGGAUGGGUAAAACAGCUUUUUACAAACUUCAUCUCAUUCACCUUGAAACUAGUUCUCAAAAACCAGGUGUGUAAAGAAAUUAACUACCUUUCUCAGAUACUGGCAGACUUUGUGCAGGACACAGCAGCAAACUUCCUACAAGAUGGCGAUAUAGGAGUGGAUAUUUCUCUGACAUCAUCUCCAGUAAUAAAAGCAAAUUACGUUGAAUCACAUCACAAGGGCCUCCUCCUAUAUAAGAACUAUUCAAGCAACUUCCAUGACUCUGCAUUCACACCCUCACUGCUGUCAGAAUCCCGAAUGCUCUACUUCUGGUUUUCAGACCACCUCCUCAACUCUCUGGUCUUGGCAGCUUUUCUAGAUGAGCGUCUGGAAUUAACAAUCACAGGGGAAGAGCUAAAGGACAUGUUUGAAAGUGAAGAGCUGAACCCUCACCAGGAGGCUGUACAAGAGAUUUUCCAGAGCGUCUUGUACAAUGAUUCCCUGGCUAAGGUGUGGAGUCUAGACCCUCCUCAGAUCACCCUCCAGCCCAAAGGGACUGUAGUGAAGUCGUCUGUGGCUGUGGAGCUCAGCGUUUCUGCAGUGGGCGAAGAGCCCCCCUCUGUGGCUUUGUAUUUUGAAACUGAAGUCACCGCCACGAUCCAAGCUUCAUAUGUACAAAAGAAGCUGGUUUUGCGUCUCUCUGAUGCCACGAUAAAGCCCAAAAUGUUGAAAUGCUCCCCAGAUAUAGCGGUGAACGACGAGACUCUAAGCCAGAUCUUGGAGAAAAUAAUCUCAGUUGCCGGGAUCCCAGAAGUGAUUUCAAGAAUUGAGCCAACUCUAACUACCCUGCUGAACAGCAAAGGACUCCACAUGUUUGAAAUCAGAGAUGCUGAGAUAAUAACAAAAAAGGGAUACUUCAUUAUCCAGCUGGAUUUUGGCUUCCCAACCCAUUUGCUCAUUGAUUUUCUGAAGAGGACUGUGUAGAAGCAGAAAGAAAACAUGUGAGCCGGCUGUCUGAGUGGUCAGGACACCCAAGGCCGCUGGAGAGCUUGCUGUCAGGUUAUUGUUGACUCCUUCCGCCACAAUCACAGAUGGAUUUCCUGCCAGGACUGAGGCUGUGUCUGUUUUAUCAGGAGUUGGGUAGAAAACACACCUGAGCACCUCCUACAGGAUCAUCUCUUUUGGCACUCGGUAUGACAGGAAGCCGAGCCUCUGCAAGCAGACCGUAGUGCUUUGAGAAGGGGCAAAUGGCCUCCCUUCAACUGCGUAGAGCCAGGCUGUAUUGGGCAUGAUGAUUUAGAUCAGCUUUCUCGAAGCUGGACGACACCUCCCAUGAAAGGGCAUGAGACUUACCUCCUGGCUUCAGUUUUGAAAGUGCCCCAAACCCCAUUUUGGAGUCAGCUUAUAUGCCUAGUGUAGUGGCAAAUUCAGAAGUGCAGGGUCCUUUCAUGAUAGUCACGCCAUGCCCCCUUCUCAGAUUACACAGUGAAAUGAGCUUUCAGUCUCUUACUUUGUUUAGAGUUCUGCUGAGCGGCGAAUGCAGGAAGAGGGUAUGCCUUUUUGAGGUUCACCAAGAAGAAGACAAUGACAGCUUCUGAAAGAUUCUUCGCAGUGGCUAACAUGCUGUCCUGUCAUGGCGAUUGGCUUGUAGGAUACUGGAGGUGUAGGGACCGUGCUGGAUCACUGCUUCUAAAAAAGUAAGAGGUCGAUGCUCCCCAGCGACCCUGGACAACUGCACCCCUGCGUAUGUGUAUGUCACCAUGACAACAAGCUUUGGGAAAUGGCCUUUUUGAGGCUGAUAAUCCUGUAACUCUGCAUAUGUGAGCCUUGUCACUUUUAUUCCAUCCUGGGACAGAGGAAGGUCACUUUUCAUGCCAAAUUAUGGAAUACUGUCUUCUUUUAUUUGAAUGCCAUGUGAUUCUUAUUUCCUAACAAUAAACCUGGGCUUCUGUUCCUCUA